AUGAGGGAGAUUGAAAUGUCAAUCCCUAAUUUCUUCACAUGCCCAAUAAGUCUAGAAUUGUUUAAUGAUCCGGUGACUUUGUGCACAGGACAAACUUAUGAUAGGUGUUCAAUUGAGAGAUGGCUUGCAGCUGGAAAUCUUACAUGUCCUGUUACAAUGCAAAAACUUCAUGAUGUAUCAAUGGUUCCUAAUCACACUUUAAGGCAUUUGAUUGAUCAAUGGCUUGAUAAGAGCAAUUUUCAUCACAAUCUUCAUCAAUCUUUUCAUCAUGAUCAUGAUCAUUAUGACGAUCAUGAUAUUUGCAAAGUGGGUUCUAAAGUUAUGUUCUUUACUUCAUUAAAACAUGUUCUUGAAUCUCAAGAUCACUCAUUUUUGGACCAAAAAAUACAAGUUCUUGAGCAAGUUACAUGUUUAUCCGAAGAUUUGCCUAGGAAAAAUGAGGCUUUAAUCUCAAUUGGUUUUUUCCCAUUAAUUUUGGGUAUAAUUUUUGGAUCAAGAAAACCCCAAGAAAAUAUGAAUUUGGUAGAAAAAUCCCUUGAUUGUGCCCUUAAAUUACUACCCUUUUCUUCCUUAGAUGAUUUGAAUAUCCUACUAGAAGAAUCAAAGUUUGAAACUUUCAAAGUUUUAUUCCAAGAAGGAAGUUAUUUGGUCAAAAUAAGUUUGUGCAAUAUAAUAGAAAUAGUAUCUCUUCCUACUUCUAUAUCAACAAAAGGGUUACUUUCCAAAAUAGGAAAUAACACCCAAAUACUCCAAUCUUUAAUUAGUUACAUCAAUGAUCAUGAACAAAAUCCUAAACUCUCACAAGGAGGGAUUAAGGCCAUCGUAAGCUUAUUAUCAAGUUCAUCAUCCCAUGAUAAUCGCGGCGAAAACAUGAUUAAAGAAGGGCUAAUCCCAUCAUUAGUGACAUACAUUUUGGAAUUGGAGAAGAAAGACAAAGAUGAAAUGAUACCGAAAGCUAUAAAAGCACUAGAAUUAGUGCUAGAUUUGGAAAGUGCAAAAAAGGAAUUUAUGGGUAAUGGGGUAUUAUCAAAAGGGAUUAAGGGACUAAUUAAGAUGGUUUUUAGAGUAUCAGGAGAUGAUGAAGGGAGUGAAAGUGCAGUAAAUUGUUUAAUGAUAUUGUGUUGUGAAUCAAAUGAGAUAAGAGAAGAAGCAAUUUGUGGUGGGUUAUUGACACAAUUACUAUUAUUGUUGCAAAGUCAGUGUAGUGUUAGGACCAAAACAAGGGCCAGGAUGCUGCUAAAGCUGCUCAGAUCCAUGUGGUCUAAGGACCCAAAAAAGGUGCAUCAGUAA